ACAGCUGCUCUGCACAGCUGCUAGCAUUAGCCUAUUAGCAUUAGCCUAUUAGCAUUAGCCCUAGCAUUAGCGCACUGACCUGCUUUUUCCACGCGCGGGCUGCACUUUUACUUAAACACUGAUUUAUUUGUCUGGAUCGUGUUUGUCAUUGUUGUUGUGUGACAUCUUGAAAAAGCAGAGAACGUGACACUUCCAAUGCCCCACGCACAGGAGGAUCCAUGGCAAAGUGGCUGAAAUUAAACUUUGGCAGCCGGCGUGACCCCCCUCAGCCUCCGCGGCCGGACUACACAGAGAGUGAGAUUCUGAGGGCGUACAGAGCCCAGAAGGAGCUGGACUUUGAAGACCCUUAUUCCCCCGACAGAGAGCCCCAGAACGGUGGUCUCGGCUCCUGCGCCUCCACCGUCAGUCUGCCAUCGUUCCCAGCGUUCGGUGCAGUGCUGCCGAACGGAGUGGAGGUCAAAGUUGUGUCUCCAAAACACAGACUCAUCAAAGUCGACUCUCAGGAAUUUGGACGCAGCAAAGUUCCCCUCAGUCCUGUGACCGUCCAAGAGGAACCAGUCGUUCCAUCUGCUCCCGCCGCUUCAGACGCAGACACGGACUACUCCGACCCGUUUGACGCUCGCCCCGACCCCAGACCCAAACUGAGCUGGGAGCCGAAGCCCCUCCCCCCCGAGUGCGGCAGCUACAUGGAGCCGUUUGAAGCUCAGCGCAUUAUUUCAGAACUCCAGCACAGUGCAAUGACGAGUCGAUCGGGGAGCAGCGACGGAGGGCAGUUAUAUGACAACCCGUACGAGGAGAGGGGCAGGACGCAGCCCAGAGCGCCCCCUUCAGGCCUUCAGCACACAGCGCCCCCUUCAGGCCUUCAGCACACGGCGCCCCCUUCAGGCCUUCAGCACACAGCGCCCCCUUCAGGCCUUCAGCACGCGGCCUGGAUCGACACGGACGGCCGAGAGAGCAGGCUGCCCCAGGACGACGAGAGGCCGGCCGACGAGUACGACCAGCCCUGGGAAUGGAAGAAGGACAACAUCUCCAAAGCUCUGGCCGUUCAGUUUGAAGGGGCCGAGAGGGAGCGCUCCCGCACAGAGCAGAGCCGCUUCGGUCGAGCCGGAGCCUCGUCAGAGUCGACCACGCUGAGGCUGGUCGGGGACACGCCCCCUCUGCUCGGAGAGAGAGUCGACCCUUUCACGCCCCUCGAACGACAAGUCUGGUACCACGGAGCGAUCAGCCGUGCAGAGGCCGAGUCUUUACUGACUUUGUGCAAAGAGAGCUCGUACCUCGUGAGGAACAGCCAAACCUGCAGAACAGACUUCUCUCUCUCCAUCAGGAGUUGUAAAGGUUUUAUGCACAUGAAGUUCUCUGAGUCUGCAGAUGGACGUUUCGUGCUCGGGGAGAACAGUCCUCCUUUCUCCACCAUCCCAGAAGUGAUCAACUACUACACCACCCACAAGCUGCCCAUCAGAGGGGCGGAGCACAUGUCUCUGCUGUAUCCGGUCAUCGUACAGACGCUCUGACACGCCUAAAUGUACACACGCUACACACUGUACACAAUACACUCUACCCACUACACACUACACACUAUACACUAUAAACUCUACACUUACACUCUACACACACUCUACACUUACACACACACACUCUACACACUGUGUCCUCUGAGGUUUCACACUCCUGAUAAAAAUCUGUGGUGAUAAAGUCCAGUCUGAUCUGUUUUCAUGUCGUUUCCUCGUCACACACACACCUGGAGUUGUGUUUGUUAAUCUGCAGGUUUGUGUGUUAAACGUGUGUGAAUGAAACACUCUGUUCCACCUUGUGAUGUCAUCAUGUGGUGAUACAGGAAGUGCUCCACUGUGUUUUUAAACUCCUUGGACCUGAGCUCUUUCGAGGUUUUAUUAAUUUCUCUUUGUUAUUUGGGCUGAUUGGACCUGAUAAUGUAAAAACAAAGAAUUAUCUUUUUACAUUAUGUAGUUUCUGAGAAAAAUGUCACACAUGAGGACAUUCGUUUUGUGUUUUAAUCAUUUUGAUAAAACAUUUGAAGAAUAAUAUUCAAAAACUAUUAAGAGCCUGAAACAUUUGUCCAGAGUCAAAACAAAAUGAAAAACAACCACACACUUUAGAAUCAUUUGGAUCAUUUUUAGCUCUGAAAUUCCCAAAGUAAAAGGAGGAGUUAACAUGAAAACUACCACAUGAUGACAUCACCAAGUGGAACAGAGCGUUUUGAUCUUUGGAGAUGUAACAGACUAAUAAUUAAGUGUGACUCAAACAUGUGAAUGAAACAAACACAACUCCAGUGUGUUUUUGAGGAUUUCUUAAAGCUCACAGGAGUCCUGUUUGUGACGACGUCUCAGCUCCAGAGCUAGAGUUUGUCCUGGUCAGGACGAUGGUCAGGGCGAUGGUCAGGGCGAUGGUCAGGACGAUG